GCCAAUGUUGCCACUAAAAUUGGCAGCCAAGUUGAAUGCGUCGGCGACUAUAAAAGCAAUCGAUGCAGCAACGAUGUGGCAGACAACAGCGUGUGUGAAGAGUUAGUUGCAGUUAGUCGAGGAAAAGGAGCUCAUCCAGCAGCAGCAGCAUCAUCAUCAUGUUCGACUCGAAGAUUAGAUUGCCCAAAUAUGAAUCGGAUGCAUUCGAUAAUGUCGAGUACGAACUACGGAUGACCUACACCCUGGAAACGGAUCGUCGGAUCAUGAGCUUCUACGAUGCGAUGUGGGGCAUUGAGGUGACUGGUGGCAUCGAUCAAUUCGAACCGCUGACCAUUGUCAAUGUUUCGCCAACGGGUCUGGCCAAGCGCGGAGGUAUGCGUAUCGGGGAUGAAAUUACGCAGAUCAAUGAUAUACCCGCCUUGGAGCUGACCUUCAACGAGGCACUGCAAAUCUUUCGCAAAAACUCGCAUUAUGUGCGCGUCUUUGUCAGAGGGGAUGACGAUGCACCCGGUGAGGAGGAUUGGACCUGUGACUGCUGGUUCAAGCCUAGGCGGCCCUGGAAGCGUGACUUUACGCCAAUUCAGUGGACGUUUCCGUGGAACGAUCGACGCAAGCCCGUCUACAAGGAGUCCAAUUGCUUCAUGGUGCCCAGCAAAAUGGAGGAGAAGAUUCGUGCACGCCGUGCAGCCACCUCGGCCGUGCACAAGAAGGAGGAUGCCACGCCCCAUACACGCUCCUUGACGCCCACACCCAGACCCAAGAAUCAACCCGGACCCAAUCUGCUAGAGAGCGUGCUGCGUCCACGCGGACCACCACCCAGAGAUUAGGUAGCAGUAGCUUGAUCUCUACUCCAGUUAGAUAGGAAGCUGAACCAAAAAGAGGAGCAGGCAGCAGGCAGCAAAUCCCCACAAAAAAAGUGGUUCCUUGUGCUGCAGUGCAUCCGCCUCUUUGGGCCGAGGGCAGGCAACUGAAUGCAGGAAAUUGCAUCGGCAGCAGUUGAAGUGCCCCGCUGAAAUGCGCUCAUACUGUGAACUCUCGCUAACUAGAACGAUUCACCAAAAGAAUACAAGUCGAUUUUUUUUAUAUAA